AUGAACUACUCAUUCCUGGGCCGAGCCAACCGGAAGGCAACCUUCACCAUCGUCGCCAACUACAUAAACCUGUCGCAGUAUGAGCUCGCCCGGGCAGCGCUGCACCAUUUGGUCGUUAGAAAUUUGCUAACGCGGGGGGAGUUCAUCAGGGGGAGGGAAAGAAGAAAGAAGUGGAGGAGCAAAAGGAAAGGAAGUAGCAGAAGAAGCAGAAGAAGCAGAAGAAGAAAGUGGGGCGACACACCGACGGACUCCUCAUCAGAGAAGCUGUAUUACUUAAAGAAAACCCUCAAGUUCAUGCGGAGGUAUUUAUCCUAUGGCUGCUGUCCUCUCCAAACUUUCUCAAGCGAGCAGUCAAGUGCUCACUUCCUCCUAAAGGUGGCACGUGACUACAACCGGUUUGUUGGCCUGAUACUUGGGAAUCUCUUCACCUGUGGGGUGACGAAAGCACAGCUUGCAGCUCAGCCAUGGAGAAGCGUCCAGAGGCUGCCUCCCCAGCUGCGGCCCCUCUUGAGGAAGAAGUACGUGCCUGAGCAGCUGCAUAGCAAAAUUGCCUUCGACGCUCUUCUCGCAACGAUAGUGGUGAAUAGGGAGUACUACCUCUGCGCGUUCGAAGACCCCUCCUUUUUUGCCUUUUCCCUAGACACGGUGCAGUGCCUUCGGAGGGUCUACUACCUGUACGUGAAGGCGGGGGAGCUGCUCCUGGGGAGGGGGACGCCAUGGCGGAAGCGGGACCCACCACGGAAUCCCCCCCAACGAUCGUCAACGCGGUGGAAGGCCAAACUGCAGCGCCGCCAGAGGCGCCUCCUCAACGUAUUUAACCGCAUUGUGCCGUUCAGCGCGCCAGCCGGGGGACCCCCCCCCGGAAGGAACCCUCCCCCAAGGGGUGACUCCCCCAACAGAAGAGCAAAACAGUCGUAUCGCCCCCAAAUGAACGAAACAGAUGAGCUGCGCGAGAUAGACGAGCUCGUCCUUCACAUCUGCAGAGUGGUGUACGGUGAGAAGGCCGACGGGGCCAAAGCGAAUGCCCCUGCAGCCUCCCCCACCUGCGAAAGCAACGAACCGGAGGAGAAAAACAAAGCGGAAGGAACACCACCCAUGCACAUCAUUUAUAUCCCCCCGCUUCACAUCAUUAAUAAGGCGCCCAUAUACAAUUACAUAAACACGUUUGAAGAGGAGACAAGUUAUUUUUGCCAGCACGACGUUGUGGCUGCACUUUUUCGGGAGCUGUUCUGCCUGCUGUUUUUCCUCCCUGCCUUGGGUGUGCAGCUACUUAGGACGCUCUGCCUGAACGAGUCCUUUUUUGAUUUCCUGCUGAGUCUGCUUGUUCUUUCCGAUGGGGGUUACCCCUCGGUUGGUAAGUAUCUGCAAGGUGGGGCAGAUGGUACUCCAGCAUUGGGGGUAGCUCGCGAAGGGGGCGUUUCCGGGCAGAUGGGGGAAAGCCCCCUCAAGGAGAACGCGCCAACCGAAGCGGAGGCGGACGGGGAGACGCUGCCCGACCCGGUGAGCCAAAUGAUAAAAAACUGCUGCGCCAUAUUUACGCACCUGUACUACGGUGUGGUGGACCUCUACAUCGACGCCCUGGUGGAGAAGCUAAAGAGAAAGGACUGGGGGAACCGCCACAUUUUUUUGUACCUCCUCAAGUUUAACCACUUUUUUGUGAACAAUUUGUUUUUCUUUUCCGUGUGCUGUGCAAGUGGGGAGGGAAGCGGUGGGGAAGGAAGCGGUGGGGAAGGAAGCGGUGGGGAUGCACGCCAGAGAGAGGCCCCAAACCACUCAUCUCAUCUCCCCAGUGUAAUGAUCAACGGGGGGGAUGCACACCGGAGGGGAACCCCCCCGAAGAAUACCCACCUCGCGCAAAAGGCGCUCCACAAAGUGUACCAAUGGCUGGUCCUCCUCGUCUUCCACCACAACGGUGAGGAAGGCGCAGCUCACCAUUUUGGCCUCUGCCCAGAGUACUCCCAACCCGGAGGGGAUAAGAAGAAAAAUAAGAGCAACAGUAAUGAUAGUACGAAGAAGAGGAAGAACGAAAAGGGGGAAGAUGUCACCACCUACAAGGUCCUCCUCAGGGGAGUCCCCCUCCACCUGACGGUUAACUACUCACACAUACGAGCCAUCUUUUUCUUUUACGCAAGCAAAAUGAGAGAGAGGAGGAGGGAGGAAGAAGGGACCACCCCAAAGGAUUACCACAAGAAGAGCAUCAUAUAUAAUGUACUCAUGUCUACUAACACCUUUCGCUGCUCCGAUGAAGGCCUCGUGGUCAAUGUGCUACUCCACCUGUUUAACUAUGCAGACGAUUUGUACUACCGCUGGGUGCACACGUGCGUGCUGUACUCUCCCGUGCGCAGUGGGGGGAAGGAGGAUCUGCUGUUUUGCCUCAACGGAUCGCGGAUAAGGGGCGUCCACUUCCUCGGGUAA